CUCCUGGCGCUUCGUGAUUUUUUUAUUAUUUUUUUAUUUUUUUAUUAUUCUCUUCCUCAGUCUAGCCGGGAACGCUGUGCUGUGCGGUUGCGUCUCUGUCCCCUUUUCACUUAAACACCAGGGAACGGGACCACAGAGGCACAGGAGGUCAAUUAAGCUGUUUUCAUGCAUAGAGAAGAAUAGAAAGAGAAGGAAAGAAGGAGAAAUGAAGAAGGAGGAAAAAGAAGAAGGAAGGGAAGGAGGAAGAGGAGAAGGACAAGAAGAAAUAUUAAGAAGACAAUAUUUUCACUGAAUUUCCAGCGUUUUAAAGGUGUGGGUGUAAUGCCUGCUUCAUCUGAUUGUGUCGGCGAGGCUCUCCACCUGGCAUACUACCAUCCACCUCGUCACCUGCCCUGUCAUCCGCCUCACUCCACCAGUCAACCCACAAAGGGACUUGCCGAUCAGCUGACAGUCUGUGGCAAGCAGGUCCUCACAAACCAGGUGGAAUAUGAGGCAGCAGGGCAACAGGAAUCGGUUAUACUAGACAAGCUCAAGUCUAAAUAUGUAACAAUAACUGCCACAACCGCCACCGCCACCACAGCCGCCACAGCUCCUGGCAUGGCACAGGGGACGCCCAGACAGUGCCAGGGUGCCAAGGAGGACCAGCUGGAGGAGCCGCAGGUCGUGCUGUGGCCCAGGGACAAGGUGACGCUGGGCUGGAGAAAAAUUUUUCCUCCCGGGGCUGGGAUGGUCAACCUUGGCAACACUUGUUACCUCAAUUCUUCCUUACAGGCACUAUUCCACAUCCCAGCUCUGGCUAACUGGCUGCUGGAGGAGCUGCAGAGCCACACCCAGCGCUGCGAGGCCACCACCACCAGCAACACCGCAGCUUUUUGUUCAUUGUGUGCCAUGAUGAAGACCCUGAGGGCAACACUGGACAGAUCAACACCUGUUAUUAAGCCGGCCCUCAUUCAACACAAACUUAAGAGCAUAGGGAAGACGCUGAUGUACGGGAGACAGGAAGACGCCCAUGAAUUUAUUAAGCUUCUUCUAGACCACAUGGAGAAGAGUUAUCUAAGCUUCAGACGAGCCACGAAGCUUGACUACCGCUCCAGGGAGACCACGCCCCUUAACCAGAUCUUCGGCGGGUACCUCAGGCAGCAGGUGAUCUGCCCGCUGUGUCGCUAUGUGUCCACCACCUUCAGCCACUUUCAAGACCUGGUGCUGGACAUCCGGUCGGUCAGUAGUGUGGAUGAUGCUCUGAAUCUCCACUUUAGGAAGGAGACACUGGACUCGGAGAACGCUUACCGGUGCGAAAAGUGCCACAAGAAGGUGCCAGCCACUAAACGACACCUAAUUGAAAGAGCCCCACAUGUCCUACUUAUCCAGCUCAAGAGGUUCACGAUGUCUGGUGGAAAGAUUGGAAAACACAUCAAUAUACAGAGGACAAUUGACAUCAGCCGAUUUGUAACUGGAGGUGGAGGCAAGCAGGGUGGAGGAGGUGGAGCGGGGAGCGGCGGAGGCUACCAGUACCGGCUGACGUCCAUGGUCAUCCACCUGGGCGGAUCGCAGCACGGUGGCCAUUACACUGCUGUGGCGGAGGCUUCUAAUGGAUCCAUGUUUGAGUUCGACGAUGCCUCGGUCCGGUCUAUCUCCCUGCAGAGCGCCCUUCUCCGCAACCCCUAUAUCUUAUUUUACGAGAUGCUCCGUAGGCCUAAGGAGAUCCCAGCGUUGAAGCAGGUGAUCAGGCAGAGCUCGGAAAAACUGUUAAUCCACCAAAAUUCGGAUGGUUUGAUCGCGAAGGGCCUGCCGACUAGCCACAGUGCCUCUUCGGUCGUCAACGGGUGGGCUGGAGAUGGUGCGGGGUCUGUUGGGGCUGUUGGGGGUCCUGCAGCAGCUGGAGGUCCUGUGGGGGCUCCUGGGAAGGCAAACAUCCCAUCAUCUCUUGCUUGUCAUAAAGAAAGAGAGAGGCUGUCUUUUCCACUCAAGCCGAAGACGAUAGGAGUGGAUGGUGGAUUAAACAAGCCUAGCAAACUGAUUCUCCACUCAUCCGCUACACUCCUCGCCACCAAGAGCGCUCCACCUAACUCCUCCACCUUAAAACCUUCAAAUUCCACCACAAAGACUGCCAUUAACUCAAAAUUCUCCACCUCCUCCUCCUCCUCCACCUCAUCCACGCCUUCCUCCACCACCUCCACAUCUGCCAAGCUUCCAUCAUCCACUGCCACCACCACCACCACCACCACAUCCACUGCAGCCCCACACAGGACAGUACAAUCCACCAAAACAUCCACAAACUCAUCCACCAAGUCACACUCAACGCCUGGGACCCCAAAACCAUCCACAUCUGCCUCCACAUCCACCAGAACCACCAUUCCAUCCCUCGUGCCAUAUUUGGAUGACUCGGAGGAAUCGGAGGUGGAUGAUGCGAAGCGUGGAAGAGACUGCAAAGUAAACGGAGUGAAGACUAGAAGGGAUCGACCAUCCACUUCUGUCGGACAGCGGAUUCUGAAUGGAGAGAUAAAGGAAGUGGAUAGCAAGACACGGAUGGUUCCACGUGCCCUCCAGGUGGUGCCAGGAAGGGCGAAAGUGGAUUCUGGGUGGCAGGUCACAGAUUCCGCCCUCCACUCGCCUAGUGAAUGCAGUGGAGGUAGUGGGGGAGGUGGAUGUAGACCGUUUACUGUGGUGGAUCAGCCGGCAAGCUCCACGCGGGCAGAGGCGGACAGUCAAGGGUGGACUGUGACUGUGGUGGGCAAGCAGGUGGAGAAGCAGGUGGAGAAGCAGGUGGACAAAGUGAAACAGAAGCCAGAACUCGAAAAGUCGCAAUCUCACAAUGGCGUUAUGAGUCAAGGUGGAGCAGAGGCGGGCGGAAGGGAUGUGGACUCAAGCAGCCUGCGGAGUAAGACCAGCGUGGACAGUGGGAAGUCAGAUAAGUCCACCAAGUCCAUGAAACGAUCCAUUUUUUCACUCUUCACCUGCGUCUCAUCCGCCCGAAGUCCUGACAGCCCCCCUGCCUCCACCAGCUCCCCCACGCCCCCCUCCACAUCCACACCCACCCCUCCACCACACAGGGACGCAGCUAAUGGCCUGCCGCACCCCACCACAGACACCGCAGACACCACACUGUCCAAACGGGUGAGGGAACACGAAGAGGAACCAGCAAGCCCUUCAAAAAAGCCUUGUCAGGGGAGCCAAUCAGCAUUCAGGGCACCAAGCAAGGACCAGUCAGCUGUCAGGAACACAGACGACCAAUCAGAGGCCAGGAAGUGCAAAGGGGCGGGGAGUAACGGCCAAUCGGCAUCAAGCGUUUCGAGUGAAAGACCUCAGGGAAAAGAAUUCAGUUUACGAGAAGGUUUGACGUCUUCUGCUGCUUCUAAUGCCACUUCUUCCACUACCUCCACCACCUCCACCACCUCCACCACCACCACUACCUCAAAAAACCCCGGGACUUCAAAAAACUCCCAAGAACAUGACUCCACAAAAAACCAGAAGACGAGAGACAGCGGAACCCAUGUGGAGCAGAAUGGGAUAGUUAAGGACACCUCCUCCACCUCCACCUCCACCUCCUCCCUCUCCUCCUCCUCUGACACGGAGGAGGAGGAGGAGGAGGCAGCGGGAAGGUGGGUGGAGAAGAGGAAAGAGAUGCCAGGUUCCGCAAAAGUCCACCCAUCGCUGUCUGUCGUCCACUGGAACGAGACGAACCACAAGGGGAAGAAGGUGGACCUCUGGGGCGGAUCACGGAGCUCCUCGGUGGUGGAUGAGCUGCGGAGGGCUGGCAACACUGCAUAUGGGGCGGAGGUCAAAUCCUGGGCCGGAGGGCGGAGCGAGGCGGACCAGGAGGUGGAGUGGGUGAGGAGAGAAGCCAAGAAGCGGAAUGCAGCGGAUUUGUACAAUGAGGAGAUGGACAGUGGAAGGCAGAAUAAGAAGAUGAAAGGAUGCAAAAGAGGAGGAGGAGGAGGAGGAGGAGGAGGAGGCAGCCAGACACAGGGACACCACCACCACCACAACCAACAACAACAACAACAACAACAACAGUGGAACAACAACAACAGCAACAACAACAACAACAAUCCUUUCCAGCGGCUUCAGGAUACAAGAUUUAACAACAACAACAACAACAACAACAACAACAGGAGCCCCGCCAACCACCACCACAACCACCACCACCACCACCAUCGCUACAACCAUUAUAACUCCCACAGGAACUACAACCACCACCACCACCACAACCACCACCACCACCACUAUUGGGACAAGACUGGCAGGGCGUGGGGGCGCAACAACAACAACAACAACAACAACAGCAACAACAGCAGCAGCAGCAGCAGGAGAUCCAAGACUCAUAAAAAAUAUAAAUAUAAGCAUAAUUGGUGAUACCGGUCAUAGAAAACGGAGGCUGGGGUGGAUUUUUUAAGGGGGACUUCGGUAAAUUGAAAGAAAACCAGAAUCAGGAAACA